AUGCCAGACUACAAAACCUACGAUCUAGGAGACUUUACCCUUCAAUCUGGCGAAGUGAUUCCAUCAGCAAAGAUAGCAUACAAGACCUUUGGAGAUCCUUCGUUACCAGCAAUCAUAUAUCCAACGUGGUACAGUGGAUUAAUCUCCGACAACGAAUGGCUGAUCAGCCCCUCCAUGACUCUCAACCCAUCAACCUACUUCAUAAUCAUCCCCGCCCUAUUCGGAAACUCUGAAUCUUCGUCUCCAUCUAAUACUUCCCUACGUCCCUUUCCCGCAGUAACCUUUUACGACAACGUAAAAGCCCAACACACUUUGGUUACAAAACACUUGCAGAUCAACCAUGUCUUUGCAGUACUGGGCUGGUCCAUGGGCGCAGCACAAACCUACCAGUGGAGCACCCAGUAUCCAGAGUUUAUGGAUAAGAUAGCUCCGUUUUGCGGCUCUGCAAAGACGAGUUUGCAUAAUCAGGUGUUUUUGGAGGGGGUCAAGGGGGCGUUGGUUGCGGGCAAGGGAGCUGCUUCGGCAGGGAUCUGCAAGGGGUAUACAAGCCAAGAAAAAGGCAAAGAAUGGACGGCACAAGAGAGAGAAAACGGACUCAAGGCGCUGGGAAGAGUCUAUGCGGGUUGGGGAUUCAGUCAAGCUUUUUACCGCGAGAAGCUUUUUGAAACUGCACUUGGAUUCAAGGAUUUGGAGACCUUCAUGACUGACUUCUGGGAGUCCUGGGCCCUCUCAAAAGAUCCCGAAAACAUGCUAACAAUGCUCCAAACCUGGCAAAGCGGCGACAUAUCCGCUCAACCCCCAUACCACAAUGACUUCCCAGCAGCACUCGCAGCCAUAAAAGCAAAAGCGUUGGUCCUGCCCUCGAAAACAGAUUUGUACUUUCCGCCCGAGGAUAGCGAGUAUGAGGUCAGUUGUAUGAAAGAAGGGAUUGGACGCCUCGAAGUCUUUCCUAGUAUUUGGGGUCAUUGGGCUGGUGGGCCGGGACAGUCGAAGCAGGAUGUGGAGUGGUUGGAUAACAAGCUUAGGGAGUUCUUUGCUGAGGAGUGA